CACUUCUAAUUCACUAUGCUGUUCACGGAUAAACUUACAACAAACAAGAUGCUCUACGCAAUUUGUGCAUUCAUCGUUGUAGUGUUUGCAUUUAGUGCAGCAGAACAAGUGCCUCUUCCGCCUAUCACCAUCUGUAAACGAAAUUCAGAUAAUUACUCUGACUGUUUAAAAGCUGCGAUAAAGGAAGCAUGGCCACAAUUCGUUAAAGGGCUUCCAGAAUUCGAUUUUCCAUCCUUGGAUCCAAUAACUUUUGAAUUUGGUAAUGCAGUAUUCGAUAACGGUCCAAUACACGGAGUGGUAAACGUAUCAAAUUUCAUUAUUGAGGGUUUUGCAAAAACACGUUUUUUGGGUGUGAGAUCGCAUUUUGACGAUAAAAUUUUUCAAUUGGAUAUUGACAUACAAAUACCACAAAUAGCAGGUUCUGGUGAAGUUAACGCAGUAGGCAUUCUAGGAGGAUUCAGAAUGGGUGGCAACGGGCUCGUCAACGUAACUUUGGAAGAUCUCCAUGGAACAUGGAUCAUGAAAGGCCACGUAGCAAAUGAUACAUGGACUGUAGAAGAUUAUUAUGCAGCUCCUUCACCUAAAAACAUGAAGGUGUAUUUUGAAAAUUUAUUCAACGGCAAUAAAGAGCUCAAUGAUCUUGCCAUGGUUUUUGUAAAUGAAUAUUGGCCGUUAUUAUAUCGAAUAAUAAUACCGAUAGGAGCCGACACAUGGAACCCGUGGUUGUGCGAUUUGGUCAAUCGUUUCUUUUCUAAAGUUUCUUUUAAGGAAAUAUUUCCAUAAUACUUAAAUACUUUUAUUCAUUAAAAAAUUAAUUUGGACUUUGCGAAAAAUUUAGUAUGCAUUCAAUCAUGCAAAUGCAAAAAUUAGAUCAAAUAACAAAAAUUUUAGGUUCAAAAAAUUGUAAGUUACAUUUAAGUAAUCGGUUAUUUGUAAGUCGCGUGUAAAAUUGUAUGUCUCGCACAAUUUUAAUCAUAAGAACAAAAAUUAUUACAAUAUAUCUAAGUAAUCUUCACUUUAUCGCAUUUUUAAAGAUGUUUUCAUAUGUUAGUAAAAAAACACUAGUGUAUUAAAUAUACAAAAAAAAAUAAAUACAUAAAGUUUUUGUUA